ACGGAUGUUUCCGACAGCCAAUGGGAAGGCACCAUGUCCAAGCUAAGCCCGCCUUCAUGAAGAACUGGCCAAUCCUGUGCCGGGAUGAGAACUUCCGGCGCAGACCCGGAGCAUGUCCCAUUGUACAAGCUGUUCUCAGAUUUUUGCAUCGCAGGUUGUUUCAACGAGCGAUUUCUCUCAAGUUGCCUCAGUUGACGCGUUGAGCUCAGACACGUGUUGACGUUUGUCACUCGUGGAUCUUGUGUCUUGUUGUUGCCGAGCAGCGGCGGUCUCCCACCGGAGGAAUCCGCUCGUUAGCGGCGGAGGAGCCACCUUGCGGUCCUGCUAGCACCGGAGCUAGCACCGGAGCUAGCUCACUAGCAGCGGCUGUUGAGCGUCGUGAAUCAGCCGCAGGUCCACCGGGACAUGUCUUCAGUUCGAGACCGUCGUGGUUCGAAGUAAGUCGCCGGAGUCUGAAUCAAACAAACAGCUGUUCGCUCUCGAACCGAAACACGUAGCCGAGCUAGCUAGUGAAGCUAGCGAGCUAACGCGACCGGGCAGUCUUUCACAAAGGGGCAGCGCGUGAACAACAGCCCGGGUCGCACAGCGGACACUGGUCGCUCGCACCACGAGCUCUUCUCCCGCCACCAUGAACGGGUUCAGCACGGAGGAGGACAGCCACGACGGGCCGCCGGCGCCGCCGUUCUACGGACAGAGCUGCUGCCUGAUCGAGGACGGGGAGCGCUGCGGCCGCUCGGCUGGAAACGCCUCCUUCAGCAAGAGGAUCCAGAAGAGCAUCUCUCAGAAGAAGCUCAAGCUGGACAUCGACAAGAGCGUGCGACAUCUCUACAUCUGUGACUUUCAUAAGAACUUCAUCCAGAGCGUCCGCAACAAGAGGAAGAGGAAGACGAGCGACGACGGAGGAGAUUCCCCCGAUCAUGACGUGGAGGUUCCCGAGGUCGACCUGUUCCAGCUGCAGGUGAACACGUUGAGACGCUACAAGCGACACUACAAGCUGCAGACCAGGCCCGGACUCAACAAGGCCCAGCUGGCAGAGACGGUGAGUCGUCACUUCAGGAACAUCCCUGUGAACGAGAAGGAGACGCUCACCUACUUCAUCUACAUGGUGAAGAGCAGCAAGAGCCGCUUGGACCAGAAAGGAGACGGCAGCGGGAAACCACUGGACUAAUCCCCCAGACAACAACAACCGCCGAGAAUCAAAAGUGAUCCGUAACCACAGU